AUGGACUGGCAGCUCACAUCACCGAACAUUACUCAACGUUCUGACUUUGGUGGUCAUACUUCCGCUUGGGGCGAGCAUCACUGUGGAUUCGGAACAGGACCUUUUGACCGCGUUCGCCCUUGGCCCGUCGACGAGCUAAUGCGAGACAAUGAGCGGGAAAUCUAUUGCACGCACAGCCGAAGAGAGCGCUGCAGUGGUACGAUUUGGUGCCUGUCGCCUGAGGAUUGGUCGCUCGAUGAAGAUGCGUAUUAUAGAACAGUACGUGAUACUCAAUUCCAUAUCUACAGCCGUGGAGAAGGCGGAUGUGGUGGGUAUGGACCUAGGCCACUAUGGCAACAUACUACAAUUCGUGCUCCGCGCAGGCGGGGUGGUGUUCGCUGUAAUCACAAUGAUGACAAAGAGUGCACCGGACCUCUUUGUUGUUUACUGCGCGAGGAUUGGCCUUCUGAGCGGGAUUCAUAUGGCGUUACAUGGACGAUGUCCGAGAUUAUUGGAGGAAUCGACUACGUGAUGGAGGUUUGUAAUGUGGAGCUGGCCUCAUCCCAGGCUCAAAUCCCCGCAAUCGUCCGCCAAUAG